CAGAGGCAACGGACCUUCGACCUUGGAACAAUAUGGUUAGCCAGAAAUGGACUGACCUUACCCGUAAGGGUUUGCCUACGAGUCAGCGGGAGGUCUUACUCAAAAAGUAUUCUCCCCCCGAAGAUUUCGCUUUCCUCAGGGCUCCCAAACUCAACCUUGAGUGCAAAUCGGCAUUAAAAAACAAUGUCAUAGUUAAAAGGGACGAGUACAGCUGUUUAAAUCAAAAUCAGGUAGGUACCGCCCUGUUCGCCUUAGGAGAAGCAAUAUCUGACCUCCUCAGACCAGAAAUACAGCAAUUUCUCAACCCGGACGUUCGAAUGGCAAUUAGUAAAAUCGCUGACGGCGCUCAGCUCUUGGCGGAUCUUUUCUAUCGCCUCUCUUUGUCACGAAGAGCCCUGAUAAAACCGGCCUUUAAUACCUUGGCCAAGUCCACUGCAGACGCCAUUCCUGCGGACAACUUUCUGUUUGGCUCUUCCUUUGGUGAAGAAAUAAAAAAGGCAACAUCAAUGGAGAAAUCGGCCAGGGAUAUUGUUAGCACAUCCUUGACGAUCUCCAAGAGGGUGCAGCAACCAAUUAAAUUACCGGCACAGACGGCUCCAUCCACGUCGGGAAACUCCCGAGCCCCUGCUUCGAAAACGAAACCGUCGGCGACAAGGAGAACAGGGGCGUCGAGCAGCAGUCGCCGAUCGUCGGUCUAUCAGAGAUCGAGGUCGAGGAGGCGUUAGUUGACAGCCAGAGAGAUUCAUCCGGCUUGGGACAGGAUUACCCUGGCAGCUGCGAGAUUAUCCGCCAGGCCUUCAUAGCCAAAGGUACACCGACAUCGGCAAUGGAGGUAACACUUGCGUCCAUCACG